AUGAGCAACCAUCACAGGUUCAAACUAUCCCAUCUCAUGCCAAACUCUUGGUUCUACAAGCUGAGGGACAUGAAGAAACCCAGGCCAGCAAGCAAAAGAAACAGCGAAACAACAAGAACCUCUAAGAGAUCAAGCCAGUACUGCCAUGGAAGCAUCACUCCCAAACCGCUUCCAUUAUCCCCACAUCGUUCCUACUCCUACUACCUAAACACAAAGCAUAAUAUGUCACUCGAUAAGAAGCUACGCCCCUCCACUCUCCAUCUUAACCCAAAGGCACCAGACAUCCAAUUCCCUAGAGAUCACCACCACCACCAUCAUCGCCCGGCAAACACCAUGGUCAUCGAAGCCAAGCACGAGUUUCAAGACUUGCAGUUGCAGCUACGUCCGAUUCGUACAAGGGCAGUGCUUACCGGAUCUACAAGCGGUACAUGCCCGAGCUCGCCGAGGCUGAGGAGCAGAAGGUUACCUGCUCUGAUCAAUGGCGGUAGCGUCAGUACCACGAGUGCUAUUGGUGGCCGGAGAAGCGCUGCUAGGAAGAGCUUCGCCGUCGUCAAGGCGUCGACAGACCCGCCCAGGGAUUUCAAGGAGAGCAUGGUGGAGAUGAUCGUCGAGAACGACAUGAACGCGCUGGAGGAUAUGCAGGAACUUCUUGAGUGCUACUUGUCACUCAACUCGAGGGAGUACCAUGGAGUUAUAAUGGAGGUCUUCAGGGAAAUUUGGCUUGAGAUUGUCCAAGACAUUGCUGAAGAUUGA